AUGAUGAUGAUGCAAGAAGUAUUUCGCGAUGAUUCGAAUCGAUCAAUGAACUAUACAAAAAUUGAUCAUUGUCAAGAUAAUAUUUCGAUUGAUAAUGAUGACUAUUACAAACAGAUUAUACAUUCAACUAAACAAAGACAUUCUAAUCAAGAGAUUAAGCUACAGAUAAUCGUAGCAAAUCGGAUUCACUUAAUUUUGUUUAUAUUUUUAUUCUUAACAUGCCAAACAUCUUCUUUACCUCUCUAUCAAACACCUUCAGUCAAUUACAAUCAACAAGGAUUACCUGUUGCUAUGGUUCAAUUAUCUGAUGGUUCAGUGUAUCCUCAACAACCCUACAAAUUUUAUCGACGUAUUCCAAAUCAACAAAUAAACGGUAUUCCGAUGUAUUCGAAUGCAGUUGCUGUACAAGUUCAACAACCGCCAACAGUAGUUCUUCAAACUCCUAAUCAACAACAAUUCACGUUACAAAUAAGACGCGAACGGCAACGUCGAGCAAUGAUUGAUAGAAUGGUUACAUUAUUCGAUGAUGAUGGGAAUGGCCAACUGACGAAAGACGAGUUAUAUUCAAUGGCUUUACGUUCAAAUAUCUUUCCAAAAAUUCAUUACUAUUUGAAACAGACACCAAUCUAG